AAACCAUGAUAUCUAGCGAGCUGCAGGGAGCUGGCUACUUGCACCCUAAAUACCUUGUGGUUGCAAAAGAGGAGGAUGAAUCUCUGAUUGGGCAAUGUGGCAUUAGCGAGUUUACCACCAUGGAGGUGGCUGCUUGCAUGCUGGGUGGUAAGGUCCAUGGCUCCCUGGCUCGUGCUGGGAAGGUGAGAGGCCAGACUCCCAAGGUUGCCAAGCAAGAGAAGACGACGACUGGCUGUGCCAAGAGACGCAUGCAGUACAACCGGCGCUUUGUCAAUAUUGUGCCAGGCUUUGGCACGAAGAAGGGCCCCAAUGCUAACUCCUAAAUGGCAUACAUCACCCAAUAAAGCAGAUGUCACCCAGGGAGGGGGAAAUGAUUCCAGACUGUUGUAUUAUCUCACCAGUGCUGCUUACGUUAGAGUGAACACCCCUGGGUGUAUGGUCUGGGGGAUCUAUUUCCAAGCUUUUUAAAAUACUGGCUCAAAUCUCUGUAGCUGGGAAACUAAAGUAGGCUGUAGGGAUAGCGCUAACAGAAAUAGGAUCACAGGUUUUGCACUAAACCCUUCUUGGUGUUAGAACAAACUAACAGUUCUACACAUCUGCUAACACAAUUGCCAGCAUUUUGAAUGGCUAGAUUGAAUCAGCACCUAUUUUAAAUGGAAGGACCCUAACAAAUGACACUGAAGAUCAGAAAUUCUGCCUCUGCUAUAGAGGGACACAGUCAUGUCAUUUCUUCCAGUUCAAGAUAACUCAUGUCAAGGAGGGGACAGGGGGGAAACAAAACCAUGUCUGGGGUUUAUAAUGCUGCUGUACCCCUCAGCUUUGAGAAGACCUUUUCCAAACAUUCCAGCUCUGUGUGCCUAAGACUCAUCUAAUCCUUGUGUUCUGUCUCUCUG